AUGGAGACAUUACCAUUGUUAAUCAGAUCUAUACCAGUCUCAAAGUGGCCAACAGGAUGUAAACCUAUCGAUCAGAAACUGACUUUGUUAUCCGAUGGUUCUGUUGGUACUUUCAUAGCUACACUUACUUCACCAACAACAUCAACAACAUCAACAACAUCUAUAUCAAAGUUAAAUCAACAACAACAACAAAAACAAUUACAAAUAUUGAAUAUCAGUGGUAUUCAAUCAUUGUCAACCAAUCAUAGAAGAGGAAGUACUUCGUCUUCAAAUGAUUUAGAUCUAUUUAAAUCAUCAAUUGUAUUAGAUAGUCAUAGUCAUAGUCAUAGUCAUAAUCAUUUAGAUCAACACCAUCAACAACAACAACAACAACAACAACAACAACAAGAUGUAAUAGAGAUUAGUUUAUUGGGUGACGUUGUUAAUCAGAUUAUUAGUAAUCAAUUGGCAACGGUUGGAGAGACACUUCAAUGGUGUAGACCGGUUCCUAUGUACUCGACGAUUGCUCUCUACUCAAGUGAAUCGGAAUCACUCCAAAAUAUACCGGCAAUCUUGGCAUUCUCAUCGUCAACAACAGCAUCACAGACAUCUCUACAUAUUCUAUCAAUAUUUAAAGACAAUAGUAGUAGUAUCAAUGUUAACAACAAUGCUGGUAAUAAUACAAAUAAUAACAAAUAUAAAGUAAAGAAACAACUUACUAUUAUAUCAACUGAUUCUAAUGAUUUACAUGGUACUACAAAGUUAUUUAAUAAUCAUUCAACACAACAACAGCAACAACUACAACAACAACAACAACCAUUAUUUCAAUUUCAUUCAUUUACAAUUACCUAUAACCAAUUAUUAACAUUAAUACAAGUUGAACCAGAUGAUAGAUACUUUAGUUUAAAGUCAACUGUAGAUUCUGAUGAUGAAGAAGAAGAAGAAGAGGAAGAGGAGGAAGAAGAAGAAGAAGAAACAGAAGGAAAAGAAGAUAGAAAUGACAAUAAUAAUAGACAAAUAUUCAAAAUAGUUGAUAAAUGGUUAUUCGUAUUCAAUAGGAAUUCAUUGUAUUCUCAACGUUUAGAUAUAUGGAGUUUGAACGGUAAACAACGUGGUUCAUUAGAUAUCAUAAACUAUUUAAAGAAAUACAAUUUAAAUGAUAACAAUAAUAACUAUAAUAAUAAUAAUAAUGAUAAUUUCGUAAAAGAUAAAUCUAUUGCUAUGAUAAAAGAUAUCUCUGUGUCAUCGGAUAAAGAGUUACUGUCGGUUCUCGAUGAGAAGGAACGUAUCUAUUUGAUCAACUUGGAUCACUACUUCCAGAGUGUCGAACAACCUGCCUAUCACACGAACGAGUUGGUUUGCUUCGACAGUCAAUUCAAUAGAGAUAGUAGUGGUAGUACCGCCACCGAUCUGUUGUUUGCCGACCAGACAACUAGUAACACCGCCGCAACUGCUCUAUCGUCAUCUACAUCGAAUGCCAAUCAUAUCGAUUUGAAUGGUAGUAGUGGUAGUACAAAGUUUGGUGGUAGUAGUCAUGGAAGUCAUGGUAGUUUCAGUAAAUACAAUACCACUGAUAUGAAUGCUACUGGUGGUGGUGGUGGUGGUGGAAGUAAUCAUAACAGUAUCAACGAUCUCUCUUCGAUGUCACUUAAAGGUGAUCAUAGUCAACACGAUACCGAUACGGAGCACACUGAGAACGAUGGUGCUGAAUCGGACUUGGAUUCCGACGAGUAUGACGACUGUCUCGAAGACGACUUGUUCCUGUUGCAUUGGUACGAGAGUGAAGAUAGCAAGUGUAUGCCACUUGAUUCCAUCAAAGAGUAUGAUAACAUGGUUGGGUGGUUACCUAAUCAUCCAAUUAACUACCCUUCCAACGGUUAUAAAAUAAGUAACAUCAAUAACCUAAACAACAAUAAUAACAAUGAUAGUAAUAAUAGCAGUAGUACUAGUUAUCAACAGCAACAACAACAACAACAAUCUAAAAGACAAAUAUCAAGAGAGAGUUCAUUUAAUAAUGCAUCGUUAUUAAGUAGAUCGAUUUCAAAUCAAGAUAUAUCAUCAUUUAAUAACAAUGAUCAUCAUCAUAAUCAACAAAAUCAUUCAGAAGUUAAUUUAUUAUCAGAAACUCAGUUAGUUAGUAAUAAUGCAAAAGAUCAACAACCAGAUGAUAUCAAUUGUUAUAAUCUAAACUUAAAGAAUAGUAAUAGUUUGUCAGUGAAUAACGGUGGAUUGGAGUUGGUUGAUUCGAGUGUAUGGAUAACUCCUCUUGUAAUUGUAUAUCAAAGAAACUACCAUGACAGUGUCACUGGUUCGUUUAGCUGUGAGCUUCACUUUGUGAGUAGAUCCGAUCCAUUCACAAAGCAGUCGUUCCACGCCUACUCUGAGCGAUUACAAGUUGUAAUGCUAGCGGACCAGUCGUUCUUUUACAUCAGUAGUGUUGGUCUGCACGUUGUCCUGAUCGACCAGAAUCAACAGCAGAUUCUAAACAACAUGAUUAUGUUUGAGGGAAGUGCCAGUGCCAAUCACCUGUGUGAGAUCAACAAUUGGAACAAACGUGACCUAAAGAUUCACGCGCUGCAACUCGGUCUCAAGUAUCGCCAGUUGGACGUCGUUGAGCCGGCUUUGAAAUCACUGGAUUUGGAUCAACAGUUGAUCGGUAGUCGUCUGCUCGUCAACACGAUCUUGGAGUACACUGCCAAUGCUUCGAAUGCCAACGUUCACAAUGAAUCGUUCACCUCAGAGCUACUACACAUUGGAAUGAACUUUAUUGGUUUGAUUAUAAAGGAUCGUGCUUCACUGGUUCACGCAGCCAUCCCGCAUCUCGGUGACAACUGUAUCAAUUUCAACUGGACGGAAACACUUACCACUCCACUCAACCAAUCAAACUUGACGCUGUCUUCACUCAAUGUAAUUCUAUCGCCGUCCAGAACAGACAACAACAACAACAACAGCAACAACAAUAGUAGCAGUGUCUCACCAUCUGGCGUUUGUGACUCCAAUUCCACUUCGCACGAUAUAAGCUCGCCAAUUCAAGAUCUUUUGAAUUUCACUACUAUUCUCGAAGCAUUUAGAAUGUUCCAGAAACAACAGCAACCUUCUUCCAAAGCGAAAUCCAAUGUUAGCUAUGCCAAUCGCAAUCCAAUGAGUAUUCCAGGAUCAUCGGUGCAAAUGCAACACCAUCAGAUGAAUAGCGGAUCGGCCGUGUUGUUGUCAUCCGAUGAGAUUGAUAUGGGACCGUGGUUCGGUGGAUUGUGUGAGCGUUGGGAGCGUAUGGAAGAGUUGGAGCUUGUUAAAGAGUCGCUUUCUAACAACACUGUUUCCUCGGCCAUAGCUUUUAUCAAUUGGAAACGUGAACGCAAUGGUCUGCUACUCUCGAGCUCACAGUUCCUAGAGAUGGACGGCGGUGGAAGUGUUGUCGCCACCUCGAGCAAUCCAAUGACUCGCUCGCAAGACAGCCAACUUCCAAAGAUCAUUCCAUCGAGCGGAACAUUCACACUGGCUCACUUCCAACAGAUUGCAGCGUGUCUUGUGUUCCAAGCGAUAAGCCAAGCUCAGCUCGAACCAGCACUCGAAUAUCUUGCGCACAUGGGACAGCCUAUUGUUCCGCAUCUUCGCCAGAUUGCCUUAUCGACUUCGCGUCGUUCCAUUCGAUCGCUGCUACUGGAUGCGCUUGCCAACCAUCCACUGGCAACCGACAGGUCGAUCUUCUCCACUGAAUUCCUCGCACUAAUGUCGUUUGCCAAGCAAAUCGAGACACUCUAUCCCAAUCCAAGUUACUACCGCGAGUUCUCACGUCUUUCUUUUAGAUACCGUCCAUUCCACGAGUCGCGUCCACCACCCUUGUUGCAACAGUCACAGUCGCCAACCAUCGGUCUGCCAAGACACGCUUCCUUUGAGAGCCAAACAAUCGACGAUGAUCUCAAACCACUCUGUCAAGAAGUGGACGACAUCCUGCCCGACACUGAGAACAACUAUGGAUUCCACAUUGUCACUCACAACAUUGGUGGCAGCAGUGGAAACAUCUACCAACAGAUGCCAAACAAUAAUUUCCUACAGGCACAACUCAGACAAGACACUGGAAGAAGAAUCACUCUGUAUCCGCCAAUCAAGAAUGAUACUCCUUUCCAAUCGGUCGAUAACAACGACAUAGGUUACAGUCAUUUCACUCUCAACUGGGCAUCGAAAUGGUCGUCGCUCACCAAAGAGCGUAUCUUGAUCGAUAGAAACUUUGAGAUGGAGAAGCGUGAUCGUAUCGCUCGUCUCUUCUUUGCCGUUUCUCACUCUCGUUCACAAGAUGUUAUUACAUGGGUUGAUAAUGAGUUGACAACCACUGAGAUUCAAUACUUUAGAUCGUUGGUAUUGACCGACUUUUCACCGGCAUCAUCCAACGCUCAACAAUACCAACAACCUCAACCUGAACCUUUGGUUUUAGAAUUACAUAAAUCCAUCUACCAAGCAAUGUCAAUCGCUCUGCCAUUCAUAAAAGAUAUCUUUUUGAAUCAACUGGCAAGACAUAGAAUAUUCUUGUUGGAUUUGGAGACUGCACCGUUGUUCUAUAUCGACAGUAGAUACCGUCGUUCCACCAAGGAAAUAAUUCUACUCAAACGUCUAUCCAAUACAUUCCAACUGUUCCCAGUGAUUAACAAUGGUGUUGUCCAACCACAUUCCUAUCCACUGAGCAUGAUCCUUCCCAUUGGAGAAACCUCUCCAUUCCACAGAUUCUUUAUCAACUUUUGUAUUGAAAACAAAAACAUGAUGUUGUUGUCAAGUUACAUCCAAUCAUAUCAACUUGCCAAUUGUGUGAGUGUACGUGCUCAACAUAUCGGAGUUGACCAACUAGAUUCACUUAGCUCAGAGUCACAGCUACUCUUCUUGCUUCGUACGCGUUCGCCUGCAGAUUUGCUUCGUGCAAACAUUGUCAACAUGGCAAUGACUCUCCACUCGAAUCCACCAUUGGAAUCAAGCGGAAUCGAUGGUUUCCUCUCGACUUUGAACAGUGCGAUCUCUGCCAACAGACCACUGCUUGCAUUGUCGGCAAUGAUCUAUGCUCCUACCUCUAUUGCUUCGCUGCUCACCGAGGUGACUGACCACGGCACCAAGUUGGAUACCACCCCACUGCUCCAAGCGUUCAAAGCCAACCCAACUUUGCACUCAACACUCUCCACCAUCCUCCACAAGCAACAAUCCAGCUUCAAACCAAACAAACGAUCGAUGUCCAAACCAAGAGAUAUCAUAAGUUCCAAGUCGGACAUCACUCUCUCUGAGAUCAUUGAAGCCAACUCAACAUUCUCGCUCUCCUCGUUGUUUGGCGCGGUUGGAGCCGACCCACUCUCGGUGCGUGUUGCCGACAUUGCAACUCAACAAUUCAAAGAGGCAUACAUCGAUAGAAUCGAUGUGUUUUACUAUCUUGAAAAAGGUAGACCGAUGCUUGCCUAUCAGUUCCUUGUUGAUAGACACCGUCGCAACACCAAACAAUCUUUUGAUCAACUGUCAAACGAACAUAUCAGUCUCAUUGGUUGGUUGAUUCGUUCAUUCGUUUUGAACAGGGUUAGUGAUGAAACCUCUGUUUGUUCAGCGAUAACCUUGUUGGAGUUGAUGAAUUUGAAAUUCCUGGCGACCAUGGUCAAAGUCGACUAUUUGGUUGCCAAACGCAUCAUAGAACACCAACAAUCAAACAAAGAGGAAUUCGAAGCGAAUCCAUUCGAUCUUAUCGAUUUAAUCAAUGUUUUCCACUCGAUAUAUCCAGCUCCUUCGACUCUCCCGCUGAAACAAAGUGAAGUGUCACACAGACAAGUGGCAGCCGGCACACCCAUCUCUAAGAUUAUCAGUGCUUUCGAAGCUACCUUACCACUUGAUGAACAACUAAGUGAAUCCAGCUCAAACUGGGCUAUUCUCUCACGAUUCUGUCAGGUUCACUCGGUAUCUCUGGUUACUCGUCGUCUAGAGUAUCUGGCGCGACAAGACAACUGGUUGGCAUUCCUCUACGAAUCACAACAACACCAAUUCCCAAUGUCACAAAUAGCGAAAAUCAUCAAGAUGUUCUCCAACCAAGGAAUUCGCAAUCAUCUUACUCUUGUUCUCGAGCAGAUAUCCACUCAACGUCUGCGCAUCCAUGACACUCCACCACCCACUACCGACUCUGAGUUGUUGUCACUCUCGAUUGAAUUCAACCCGAUAGAACCAACAAAGAUGUCACAUGAUAUCAUGGACUAUCUACUAUCAUCAUACCGUACAACCGAUCCAGCAAACUAUUUACUCUACUAUGCAGUCACACACGAAAGAGCAUUGCUCGCUGUUUUGGCGUGUAUUGCUGCAGCUGAACAAAACAAACAAUCAUCAUUUGCAUCGAUCAAUACAACCGUUUGUUUAGUUACAUGGCUAUCUGUUUCUAUUCCAUCGUUGGCUACUCAUUUAUCCAAUGUUUCUCAAACCAAACAACAACAGCAACAACUCCAACAACAGGUUGACGAAGACGAUGACUCUGACACUGACCAAAUUCCACUACAAACUAAAUGGACACUGGACGAUCUACAUCUAUCGAUUCACUAUAUCGUUCAAAACAGAAAGACAUUCAUUCUUCUUCAAGGUCUAAAGAUAUUCAUGCCUCAAAGUCCGUUGAUGACAUUCCUCAGAUUCAUCAGUCAGUUCCAUCAAUAUCGUUUCGAAGACUCUGAAAACAGCUUGGCUCUUUUCAUUGAGGAACUAGGUCGUCUUCAACAAGACCAAUUAUCAACAAUCAAACGAUUGGCUAUUGACGUAUGUGAAGGUCUAUUGGAUCUCUACAGUUCCUACGAGAGAGAACACUUCUUGGGAAUCUUGCAUCGUUCCAACCUAUCGAAUAACUUCUCAACACUCUACUCCACUCUUCACUUGAUGAAGCGUACCAUGCUCGAAGAUAAGAAUAUCCGUUUGGAUCCAAAGGUUAUUAUCGAUCGUCUCUUGGAAAAGAAUCUGUUUGCCGAGGCGCGUACCUACUCCAAUGAAAAUCACCUCGAUAAGGACAUCAUUACUCUCGCCGAAGUCGAGUCACUCGUUGCUCACUACAAGCAUGGAUGCCUUUGGGAGUUGGAGCAAGAGCGUAUCAACCUCUGGAAGAAGUGUCAACACUAUUUCGUCAUUCACCAAUGUCGUCCUGAAGUUGCGGGUGACUUCUUCCACCAGAUCUCACAAAAGUUGGCACCCUCCAACGAGAAGGUGUUCCUUCUUCAGACCACUGCAGAUUGGUUCGAAAAACGAGCAUCAUCCAACAAUGUACAACAACAGCAGGUUGAAGACCUCAAGAAACAGAUACUGCUCAUCUCUGUAGGAUUGUCUUUGGAGAGCGAACAACAAGACGAUCGUGAUUCCUCAUCGACAUCGGUGUCACCCUCCACCUCACCGUAUCGUCCAUCCCACAUGCCUCAUUCCUCCUUUACAUCGCCACUUCAAUCGCCAUCGACUUCACUCUCAUCUUCCCCAGACAACUUUGAUCCCAAUCCAUUCCGUGAACACAUAAAGAAACAACAGAAUACCAAUAAUAACAACAACAGUAAUCGUUAUUCAACUUCACCUCCAUCGAGUGGUGGCAGUGGAUUUGGUGUUGGUGCAAUACCAAUGUCAUCGAUGACUCCAAUGACAAUGUCUACACCCUCUGCCUAUUUGUCACCGUCGAAACCAACACCAAGAUUGGAUCCAAUGUCAAUCGAUCCCAAGGGAUUGGACAAUGUCAUUGCGAAACUUCUCAACUCUGGCAACUAUGCACAAGCCGAACAAAUCUCAAAGCAAUUCUCAUUCAAGAGUUUAGACUAUGAGAUUGUCUUGACAAUGAUUUCCGUUGCCAACAAAACCAUUAGUCCAAGUCCACAUUCAUUCUCACCGACAAUCUUGUCUAUGCUUGAAAACAGCUAUCACGGAUUGAAAUGGAUCAAGCAACAAAAUGAACAACAACAGAUGAACAGCAGUACAUCGUUGAUUGGCUCUUCGUUGACAUCCAAUGGAACCAAUAACAAUCCAAUUUCGUUGGCUCUCGAAGCGCUAUCGUCGUGUUGUCACCUUGCCAAAGAGGCAGCCAAGUCCAUUCUCACCAAGUACAACGUCAGUCAGAAACUAUCGAUGAACUACUCUGACCUACAGUUGGAAAAUCACUAUGACAUAGUCAACCUUCUCCUACUUCAAGGCAAAGAGUGUUUCCGUUUGAUCAAAUCAUACCUUUCGACCAAUCAUCUCGAUCUUGCCAAGAUCAACAUCCAACUUGCCGAUACCUUUGCAAAGGCUGUCAAAGUUCAAUUCCCUGUGAAAUCAUCACUAUCGAAAUCUAUUUCGAAUUCCAAUAUCUCUGGUGACUACUACAAUGGUAAUCGUAGUGCUCCUUCGACACCUCAGAAAUCCUAUCCAAACAGCAGUGGCAGUUCGCUGCACGACAGUGGAGGAAGCUCCUCUUCAGCGGGAAUCGAUCCGGCUUGGACAUCGGAGGAAUUCAACGAAUACAUUAGACUUGGUCGUGAUCCAUUCACUUUUGGUAUGAGACUGUUGGAAGCAACCGGAAUUGAUUUCGACAAGGCAGCCGUCACUAGUUCACCAGUGUUUGCCAAAGCAAACUCAUUGUCGCCAUCGGGAAUGGAAGCAGAGGUAGAGCUAUUUGUUCGUGCACACUUUUGUUUUGUUGUAGCUUGUAGUGUCGACGGAAGCAUCCUCGUUCAAAACAUUGUAAAGUCACGUAUCAACUAUUAUGCAGAUGCCGGACAAUUCAAACUGCUUGUUCGUCUCAUCACUGGAAUGCAAUGCUACAAUGAACUACAAGGAAUUCUCGAUAUUCUCUUACAACACGAUAGCUUUGAACUGCUGCUUCGAAAGAAGAUUCAUCAACACGAAGAUCACAACGGUUUGAAACUUGCACUUCACAGCUACCUCUUGAAGAAACAGCCACUCUAUCAAGAUAAACUUGAGAUGUUGUUCUAUCGUUUCAAUAUGUAUCGUGAAAUCGCAGCACUGCACGAACACCGUGCCAAACAAAAGUUGGAAUCCAUUGUCAAAGAUCCAAAACAACCUGGAAAUUACAUCAAGGAUCUACUGAUAGUGAUGGAGUCAUUCUUGAAUGCCGCCGACAACUAUGCAAAGGAGAGAUCGAAUCGCACCUCUCAGUAUUGUGUGGCUAUGGGUACACUCGUUGCUCUACAAAUUAAACUACCCGAUAUCAAACUCAUCAAUCUAAAGCAAUCGGAAGCAAGACAAACAAUGAUAUCUCGUCAAACAUUUAGAGAGUCACUCAUCAUUGCAAAUGCUUAUAAUCUGAAUAUUUAUUCCGACUGGAUAAAUGUAUUAUUCCAACAGGUUCUUUGUCUUGGAAAUUUCACAUACCUUCAAGAUUAUAUUGCCAACUUUUCCGUUCCACAAAAUCUAUUCCAUGACUUGAUUAAAAGAUUUAAGGGUGAUACAACCAAACAAGUUAAAGUUCAACAUGUUAAGUAUCUUUUAAACAACUUUUUAAAUGAUAAGCAUCUACGCUAUGAUCUUGCAAAAGAAUCAGGAUUUGAAGAUAUUGUAGCACAAACUGUGGUAACUUCAAGUGUUACAUGUAUUGUUAAACAUAAAUAUCAAAACACAUCUUCAUUUAAUGCCGUGUGGUUCAUAUCGCCAACGCUGGGUUCACAGGGAAGUCUUGCAACAAUACGACAAGUCAAUGAAAUAUAA